UACUUCCUGGUAUGUUAUACUACCCUCUCCUUUCAAGUGAUAAUGCAAAUUACUGAUGAAAAUAACGCCCGGAACUAAGUUAACAUUUAGAAAGAUUCCAUGAAAAGCUAUUGAUAAGAAUUAAAAUCAAAUGUAACCGGAAUGAUAAAUUAAAGGACAUAUUGAAUCCAUAAAAGCCACGUAAAAUAUGGAAGGUACGCCAUCAAGAAAUGAUGCGGAUUUACCGAUGUCAACUGUUUUACAGAAGUUAGAAAAACUGCAAACUGAUCAUGAAGAUCAAUUUUUGCAUUUAAAAUAUAGCAUUGACGUUUUACAUCAACAGAUAGCAAGAAUGAAAACAGCUCCAUCAAUGGAGCAGCGACGACAUGUUCAAGAAACAACCAAAGCAAAUCGCCCUUUCUACCAUGAUAACAUUGGAAUGCACAAGGAAGUUCUGCGGGAAUGCCUAGAACAAAUGGUUAAAGAUAUUGACCUAGAGAACACGGAUCUUUUAGAUGACCUUCAAACAGCAGAAUGUCUGACGAGUGAUGAAGCUGCCGAAAUCAUACGUAAACCAUCUAGACGAGAUCAAGUCCGAAAACUUGUAUUACAUUUAGGAAGGAAAAGUCGUGAAAGAUUUUCCGUGUUUUUAGAAAAUAUUCAAAAAACUUCGAACUAUCCACACCUAGCAAACAAUUUAAUGCAAUCAUACAACAAAAGGAUGGAACGAGGAACUGCAGUACCGCCUGUUUCAAAAUGUCUUGUUUGCGUUCUGAAGCAAGACGUUUUUGUGAAGGAUGUCAUUGACAAACUGUACAGUAAUGGUUUGGUCUCUACGGAAACAUUUGAACUUGUUAUAGAUCAAGUUGAGUAUGAUAAUAAGAUGAAUUGGGAAAUAAUAUUAACUCAGCUAAAGCGUUCUCGUGAUCCUCGAAAGGCUAGACAGGUUUUGCAAGAAGCAUUGUCAAGGAAAUAUGAACACAUAUCAGCACGUAUAAAUAAAACCCACUUUCCUGAAAUUAUGUGUCAAUGCAGAAAUAUUAACAAGAAAUUAUUAUUCAUUCCAGCCAGUCUAAAUUCAAAUACCACUGGAAGUCUUGGUGACGUAAGCACAACAUCUGAGCGUAGAACUUUUCCAAAUAGUGCUCUCCAGAACCAAACACGUGAGUCACUAAGUUCUGCAAAAAGUGACAAUUCUACACAGAUCGACUAUAGUAAUAUUCCAAGCACUGUAGCAUGGCUUGAAUCAAUCCCAAAUGAUCAAUUCGUAGAGGUCAACAAUGACAUUUCUGAUGUUGUGAAUGAACUUGUGAAUGAAACCCAGUCUAUUGCAUCGAUGGACAUAGAUUCCGUAAGUAAAACGGGGAAUUUAGAAAUUGAUAAAGAAUUGGAGAGUAAAAGUACUACUACGUUUGAAAGUAAAAGCUCUUUCCAUGGAAAAAGUGACAAAUCUUCAACACCUCAAUCGUAUGCAAGUGUCGUAUCUAGAAAGUCGUCUACUUCAGAACCUGCAUUUACAAAAAGAUUUAAUGAUAAUAUGUCUCAUGCUGUGAAGAACAAAUGCCAAUUAAAGUCCCAUGUUACGUCAGGUAGAAACAAACAUGCAUCAAUAACCAGACCAGCAGAAAGCCUGAGUGAAAUAGGUACAAUUUACUUGUCAAAGACUGAAAAACCAAAAUCUUCUACUUCAACAACCAAUCGUCGUUCAAAACAAUCUAUGUCCAGGUGCAACGAUCCUGUCACUGCCUUAAACAAAGACCAAAACACGGAUAGAAUGCCUAAAGGCACAAAAAUACCAAGUUCUAAUCAGUCAGAUCAUUGUUCAAUUUUACAAAAUGUAUUUUUUGAAGAACAGAGAAAAAUACAUGGGGAAUGUUCACUUGGAAAUACUGAAAACAGUAAUCGUCCCUCUACAUUUACAGUGAAACAAAGCGGAAAUCAAUUGUCUAAAUCUAAAGAUACAUCAAAGGAAAAUUGUCUUCAGCCGACUACAAGGUGUUCUCCAGGGGACAGUAAACAGAGUCAUGGAAAUAAGAAAAGAAGAAAAAGACGGAAAUGAUAUUUUAUUAAUAAACUACCUCGCAACAGAUUAAAAGUAGGCUCUUUACUCGCACAAAAUAAAGCUAGGUUACGAAGUUCAAGUAAAGGAUAGUUAUCACCAACCACAUCAUUUACCUCUAAGGGGAAGUAACAUGUCGGAUUAAUAAUAAAUUUUUUUACGUAUAAAAGUUCUUCGUUUUUUACUUUACUAAGUGUGUUUGGC